GCAUCUUAUUAUCCGAGGCAAAUUGACGCAGGCACAAGUUGUACUUGCCAUUCUCUUUUUUACCUAGAAAUUAGUAGGCACCUUUAGGUUACCUAGGUACCUACACCUAUGUACCCAAGGUAGAGAGAUACUUUAGGUAGGCACAUAGCAGUCCUGAGCUCCUUUAAGGCCGUAAGGUUCGAAUCAGAUCGAGUUGCGUUCAAUCCCGUCGAAUUAUACGUCUACCAUGUGCGGGCCGUGAACAAUCUGCCCCCCAAGGAAUAUUGCUGCAAACAAUAAUACACCAGCUUUCUCCUGGCGUUGCCUGUCCAAUUCCAACCACUUAACUAACCAGAUAGGUAAUUCGCAACAAUGUCGUCACCGCGCGACGAUGCCCAUAUGGCGAUGGAUAUGGAUGGCAUGGAUAUGUCACAUUCAUCUUCGAUGCAGAUGGUCUUCCAAAACAGCAUAGCUACACCUCUCUUUUCGGAGUUAUGGACACCACGUACAAACGGUGCCUACGCUGGAACUAUCAUAUUCCUAAUCAUUCUUGGCGUGGUAUUUCGACUACUACUUGCAGGAAAGUCUCUGGUAGAGGAACGAUGGCUGGAUGCUGAGAUGAAACGAAGAUACGUUGUCGUGCAGGGAAAGAUCCCGGUCGCGGAGCGAGUGUCGACAGACAGCUUCAGCAAAAAGAUGACCCUGACAGAAAAUGGUGUUGAGGAGGAUGUUAUGGUCGUUCAGAAGAAACAGCUUCACCUUCGUCCUUGGAGACUGUCCGUUGAUCCCGUGCGAGCGGUGCUGGAUACUUGCAUUGCCGGAGUCAGCUACCUUCUCAUGUUGGCAGUCAUGACAAUGAACGUCGGAUAUUUUAUCGCAGUACUCGGUGGCACAUUCUUAGGCAGUCUGCUUGUCGGUCGAUUCUACAACUCAGAACACUAAAACCCACGAUCACGGAAGGAAGGAAAAGCAUUGCCGGUUUUCAACCCGCCAAGACGGCGCGCACUAAUUUUUAUUUUUUCCAAUUUACGAUACGACGACACCAGGAAGAGCCCGGUGGUUCUGCGAACUUACAUGGGAUGGUAUGCGUUCGGUCCUAGGCUAGUUGAUAUCAGCCUAUAAAGCAAAGGGAGGGGCACCUUAUUGCAUUCACCACGAUUUAAGCAUGGCGUUAUGGGAGAGGCAACUUAGCAAGCAUCCAAGUCAAGGCACUUGUUACUCGAACGAAGUAAUUUGGAGAUUCAACAGCUGCAUUUGCUUCGCAGGAAGCUUAUCAAUACGAUCAAUAUGAUCAACAUGAUUAUUAUUCCUAAAGUUGAAUUUCCAACGAAUCAGUUACACCCCCGAGAAACUUUCUCAAAUCCGCUCAUCCAAUAAGGAAAGAUCCUUGUCGUUUUACCCCACGUAUUUUCCACGAAUAAUCACUUCCGUUUAACUAACCUGUUUUGUGAACCUUGUUGCUGGUCGGGCUAGUUCUAGACUCAGAUUGCGCUUCACGUGCUUCAAAUUGACUGCAUGUCACUCUGCGUUCCAUCACCAACCUUACCAUCCCCAAAACAGUAAGACGAU